AUGAGAGCUCCCCCCACCCCCCGAAUGAAGUCAAACCACAGCGAAGGCUGCUGUAACUGCAGCGCUGCGCUCCUGCUGUUGCCAUCUGCUGUGCGGUCUCCCCGGCCAGCUCCCACUGGCUGGGGAGGGGCCCGCGGCCAUGCUCCGCACUCUGCCCAUGCCUUCCUUUUCCCCAGGGAGCAGGAAAGUGCAGCUCGCAGGCCCCGCGGCAGGCCAAACGGGUCUGUUUGCAAUCAGCGGCACAGCUGCCAGGCCCACAUCUGGCUUGGCCACCUUCCAGGGCAGCGUGUUAAAAGGGGACGGAGGGAGGCAGAUUGGAGCCAGAGAGAGAAGGGGGAGCCGAGACGCUGCCUCUCUCCGCACCAGCCCAGGAUCUCAGCGCAGCAGAGGACCAUGAAGCGGUUUCUCCCCAUCCUGCUCUGCGUGGCUCUCAGCUGUGCCGCAAAGCAAAGGCAGCAGCCAGCAGAAUGGGACUACAGAUCCGAAGCUGAGAAGGUGAGCCUGAGGGGAUGUGCCAACCUCACCGUGGUCCUGGACAACUGGAAAUUCGCCAUCGUAACGGAGAUCAAGAACCUGCUCCUGUACGACCACCAAACCGUGCUCCCUGACUAUGGCAGGAUCAAAUCCCUUUCCGAAGCCCUUGAUGACCUGUACAAAGAAUUCAACGCGCUGAAGGGCCGGCUGGGGGAGCUGACCACCCGCUUCGAGGGGGUGGAGGCCUUUGUGGAUGAGAUGAACACGAGCUGAGGCCAGACUCCGGCCAAGCCUCCCAUCAGGGCUGCCCAGCCGGAGGCUGACAAACCAGUGGCCCCAGCCAAGCGCCGCCGGGUCCUGGUCAGGAAUAACCGGAAGCCUGUGGAGCAGCCAGGAGAUGGGUCUCAGUAGGGACAGCCCCAACCGCACUCCUCGGGGGCCAGAAAUGCUGCAGACUUUCCCAUGCGUUUAGAAGCUGCAUGUGUCUUUCUUUCUUCCCUAAAGAGACGUUUCCUCGCAGGUGGCUGCAGUUGGGAGCCGGGCACCUGGGCAUUCCCCUGCCCUCUGGAUCAGCACUGGCUCCUAGGUGGGGCACAAUGUGGCACUUCCCGCUCACCGCCCCACAGCUGCAGGGUUGCCAGCAGGGUGGACUCAGGCAGGAUCCACUGGAUCACAUGCUGGGGGGAGCUCCUGGCCCCAGAGCUUGGCUCUGAGGAGGGACCCCGUGACCGGGUGUUGUGCCCAUGACCGGGAGCAGGCAGCAGUGCCAUGAGCUGCAGGGAGCGUGGGUUUCUUUGAAUCCAGCCUCUAGCUGGUCUUAAUCCACUGCUGGCUGUACUGAAGCACACGCUGGGGCUUGUGGGAGGGGAGCUGAAGGGGAGGGGGAUGCUGGGGUGCCACCUUCCAGCAAGUGCCCAUUGGCUCUGGACAGCACAGCAGAUCAGGCACUUACCUCUCGCAUGGGAGUGAGUUUAGGGGGUUUGGGGCUCAUUCCCCUCCCCCAGUUUGCUCACUGCAUAAGAUAAACUGAGGCCUGCUUGGCCCAGACUGCUGUGGGACCAGAGCCAGGGGCUGAGAGGGAGCAUUGGCUUGGGUGCAUGGGGGAGGCUGGUGAGCACCUGCAAAGCCCAGGCCAGCCUAGCUUGCCCUUCGCUUGCACGUGCAGGUGAAUUCUUUACUAGCCAGACCUGGUUCUCCAUGUCCCACAGCUGCAUUCCCCUGGGCCUGAGACCCCAACAGUGGGUAGCCAAUCUGGAAUCAGCCAGACCGAGCCACAGGUGUGUGUGGGGAAGAGCCUUCUAUACAGGCAGCCCUAGGAAACCCCCCAGCAGGGUGCGGGACUGGGCAGCAGUGGGCAUGCUUAGCGAGGGCAGGGGCUGCAGGUGCAAGCGAUCUGUGCCAGGGCAGUUCUGAAAGCCCGGGUCAUGGUGUGUUUGGGCCAGAGGGGGGCUUGGCUCAGCCUGCUGGGCUCUAGGGGAAAUGAGUCGUUCCUUGAUUUUUGCCCUCAAUGGGAGGGAGGGAGAACCCGCCCCUCGCACACAUGGCUGGCUGCCCCUCCAGCCACUCGCUGGUGAGACGCCCUAGUUUCUGGAACGUUCAAGUUUUGAGGCAAAACAAACAAACAGAAAUUUUGGAAAUGCCUGUUCUGCUUGCUUCAUCCCCGCCUGUCCGCGGGAGCCAGAAUCCAUGAGUGGGAAGACGGAGGGACAGCAGGGACAGCGGAACGCCAAGCUGCCACGUAGCCAACUUGCCCUGAUAUGCUGCAGCUGGCUAGCGACCGAUGCAGCCACCCGGCCUGUUCCCUCUGGGGUGAGAGCUGCAGGCGCUGCCCCUCCCCCCCCCGCCCUGACAAGCCCCAUGGCCUGCGUUUCACAUUCAACUUGGUGAGGUGCAGGAGGCUCAAAGCAUCAGCAUUUUGGAGCUGCGAGAGCAAAUCUGGCUUGGGGCCCCAGAGGAAAUAACAGUAUCUGGGCCCUGCUCCAGCCCCUAGUGCAACUGGAGAGGCCUGGGGCCGCUGCGGGCCAGGGCCGCGCCAGUGUCAGCUCGCCCAUCGCUUUGCCUGGCUGUAAUAACAAGCUCCUGCUCUCUCGCUUUCACAAGUAUAUGUGGCGUUCCCUCCCACUGCGCUGCCCAGGUCCCUGCGCGCGUGGGGCCAGGGUGCAGCAGGGUGAAGUUUGUGUACCGUCCUCAAAUAAAGAUCUUUCUGUUACCAUCA